AUGGUUGAUGAAGAUCUAGAUCAAGUCCUGGAGGCUUAUGAUCAGUCCAAGGAACCAUCUCGUGUUCUCUGGGAUGUUCUUACAUGGGGACCAGACGGAAAUAAAACCCGAUCUCAGUAUCAGAUGGAGUCAGAUGGAGUCAGAUGGGCUUGGCCCUGGAUGGAUCCCGUUACGCACGCAAUCUCGUUCCAGAGGGGCUGGACCGAAGAAGCCCUGAACGGCCCUGAAACCGUUGAUCCAUACGGUCAUUGCUCGGGACAUCUCUGUUGA